AUGAUGUUCAACGUGGCACCGUCCCUCAAAUUCCGCCGCGAUAAGGAUGAUAUUCAUUGUGAUGUAGAAAUCUCCAUUGCACAAGCCGUUCUCGGUGGUACUGUGAAGGUUCCGGGUAUUGUGGAAGACACCUACGUUCAUGUACCACCAGGAACAUCAAGUCAUACCAAAAUGAGGUUAUCCGGAAAAGGGGUGAAACGGAUGCAUUCUGCCGGCUAUGGUGACCAAUACAUUCACAUUAAAGUUGUAGUACCUAGCUAUUUGAGUGCUGACCAACGAGCUUUAAUGCUUGCGUGGGCUGCUACAGACAAACCGAAAAGUGGUACCGUGAAGGGUUAUGACGACAGCACAAAGUCAUCUACGCAGUCCAAGAAUCAGCAAGAAUCGAAAUCAGGAACGAGUAGCACUACGGACCACGAAUCACCCAGGGGUGAGUCUGAUGCUCCACCGUCUGUUGAUGGGGAAACAGGUGACCAUACGGAUGAUUCUAAGGGUGAGGCGAAGCAAGACAGUAAUGAGCGUAGUAAAGAGCGAAAGAGCAAACAAUCUGCUUCUUCCUGA